ACACAGACCCAGUAGCCGUAAAGGUUGUCUGUCUGAUCUGAAUCUCCAACUAUUAUGAGUGGAGUUGUGGAAGCGUGAAAGGGCGGCCCAAGUGUCCUUUGACUUUCCUCAGUUCUCGGUCAUGGAGCUCUCUCUCAGCCUCUACCAAUCGUCUAGCCUAUCUCUGUUUCGCCGGAACUCCGAUCAUUUGAUCGGAGCUACAAGAAUUCGUCAAAUGCCCAUUUUUCUACGACGACCAAUGAGUGGACAAUCAACGGUUUUGGCUCCGAUCGUUGCGAAGAAGAAAUCAGAGAUCGAAGGCUUGAGUGAGGAGAUGAACUCAAUUGCCUCACAGAACUUGGACUUCGCACCUGCUCGUCGUUGGGUUCGAUCAGCUUUUAGCGAUGUGCAACAGAAGCUCGACCACGUCUUAUUCAAGACGGCUCCACCUGGGAUCAGAACAGAGGAGUGGUAUGAGCAGAACUCAAGGGGCUUGGAGAUUUUUUGCAAGAGCUGGUUGCCGAAAGAGGGUGUUCCAAUUAAGGGUGAUAUUUGUUUUUGCCAUGGAUAUGGUGACACUUGCACAUUCUUCUUCGAGGGGAUUGCAAAGAGAAUUGCUGCUUCUGGGUAUGGAGUUUAUGCAAUGGAUUACCCGGGCUUUGGCCUCUCUGAAGGAUUGCAUGGUUAUAUUGCAAAUUUUGAUGAGUUGGUCGAUGACGUUAUUGAACAGUACAGAAACAUCAAAGGAAGGCCGGAAUUGAAUGGGUUGCCUCGCUUCAUUUUGGGACAGUCCAUGGGUGGAGCUGUUACUCUCAAGGUUCAUCUGAAGCAACCAGAUGAAUGGGAUGGAAUUGUUCUUGUUGCGCCAAUGUGCAAAAUUGCAGAGGAUGUGACACCACCAGCAGCAGUUUUGAAGAUUCUAACUCUUGCAUCUGAAGUUAUACCUGAGGCAAAGCUCUUCCCACAGAAAGAUCUAGCAGAACUGGCAUUCAGAGAUGCAAGAAAAAGGAAAAUGGCUGCCUACAAUGUGAUUGCAUACUCUGAUCAAAUGCGGCUAAAGACUGCAGUUGAGCUUUUGAAAGCCACAAAAGAUGUUGAGUCACAAGUGGAGAAGGUUUCAUCUCCACUGCUUGUUCUUCAUGGAGCUGCCGACAAGGUGACAGAUCCCUUAGUAAGCAAGUUUCUGUAUGAGAAAGCUUCUAGCAAGGAUAAAACAUUAAAACUCUAUGAAGAAGGUUUUCAUUCCAUUUUGGAAGGGGAGCCUGAUGAUAGGAUUCUUAAGGUCCUAGAUGAUAUCAUCUCAUGGCUUGAUUCACGUUGUGCUCUCAAGUAGAAUGAUGCUUUUCUUUUUGAUCCAUUUGCGGGUUCCAUGAUGUGUUGUUAUACUUUGUUCUACCAUUUUUUAAUACAUCUUUUUCUUUGUAUUAUUGCUGGGCAUUGGUGAGUGGACUUGGAAAAAAAACAUUAUAAAUUUAAAAUACUCAUUUCAAAGUUGACUUGCAAAAUGUUGUUUCAGAUAGAACCCAAAAGAGGAAAUAUGGAGAUUUAUGAUUCAA